CUUCCCUUCGGUUCUGACAACGGAUGAUGAGACCACGCUCUACCCACUUUAUCAUACAUGCAAACUCUUACGAUCUUGCCACCUGAAAGCCACCGCCGACGGUUUCCGUUCGUUCGGCUUUCCGCAGGGUAAUUCCGCAGGUCACGUGACUGAAGCCAGCGCAUCGUUGAGGAGAUCUUGCUUGAUCGUGUAUAAAUGUGCGCGUUUGUCUCCCGAUCGCUUUGAAAAUGUCAAGGACGGCUCUUGAAAAGGUUGGAAGACUUCGAGACCCCUUUUGAAGCUGUUCAUCUUCAAUUUUGCGCUAUGGCAGACUAUAUUAUCGUCGGCGCGGGUGUGUUCGGGGUUUCUGCCGCAUUAUAUCUUGCAACAAGCGACCCCGAUGCCAAUAUCCUUCUCAUUGACCGCGCCAGGUGCCCUUACCCAUCUGCAGCUUCGUCCGAUCUCAAUAAAAUCAUUCGAGCUGAUUACGACGACAUCUUCUACAUGCGUCUAGCGCUAGAGGCCCUCGAAAAGUGGAACACAGAUCCUCUAUACGAGCCCUACUUUCAUAAGACCGGUAUGCUGUUCGCCGAGGACUUGGGUAUGGGGGAUUCCAGCUUUAAUAACUACAAACUGAUCGGCAUUGAUCCGGGAGCGGAGAUUCUUACACCGGGUCAGGCGCGCGAGAGGUUUCCUGUCUUCAAGAACGCCAACUGGACAGAUGUGAAAGACAAUUACUACAAUCCCUGUAGUGGUUGGGGAGAAGCCGAUCCAGCAGUGCGGGCGGUCAUUGAAGCAGCAUUGGCAGCUGGUGUGAAAUAUGUGCAGACGACAGUGGAAAGAUUGGUUUUUGACGAUCAGGGAGCAUGCAUUGGUAUCAAGACCGUCGACGGUGACGAGAUCAGAGCUCGAAGCAUACUGCUCUGUUCUGGCGCUUGGACAGCUCAACUGGUUGCUGACAGCGAUCCUUGCAGGAAAGAUAUCCAAGUAAACGGUCGAAUGGUGGCGGCAGCGGCAGCGUCUUGCAUAGUUCAGUGCGACCCGGAGCAUCUGUCUUUGUACAGAGACGCCCCAGUACACUUUCUCGGCAUGCCACAUACACACGGGGAGAGCAUUCCGGCAACGGCCGACGGAAAGUUGAAGUUCAACUUUGAAGUCAGCUUCACGAACAUGGAAUAUCACGAGGCAUCUGGCCAAAUGAUCUCUGUUCCUCCUGUACGAAUUACGCAGUCGACGUGGAGCCACGACGUACCCGAGCAAUUGAAACAAAGUGUGAGGAAGGUAGUGGACCAUGUCUACGGCAAGAAUGCUCCCGGUUUGACUGUUGAAUCGUAUCGGAUGUGUUGGGAUGCUGUCACACCCAAUCAGGACUGGAUUAUCAGCCCUCAUCCUGCGUGCAAAGGGUUGUACAUUGCCGGAGGGGGCUCAUUCCAUAGUUGGAAAUUCCUCCCCACGAUCGGAAAGUACGUCACAAGGAUGCUCAAAGGCGAAUUGACAUCUGAACAAGCAGAGAAAUGGGCUUGGGAUCGCAAGAACGAAGGUGCAGCGUGUGUCAUGUACAUCCCUCAAAACGACUUGAAAGAUUUUGUUGAGACCUGAGGAUCUUGGACAACAGGGCAUGAUGUCAAUACUAGGUAUUUUGCACCCUAAGAUAAAACCUUGAAUUGAUGAUUUAGGCAAUACCCUGCAAAUAUUGCUGGCAUGCAUGGUCUG